AUGCUCUCCACCACCCUCAUCACGACCUUGGUCCUGGGUCUUUCCCAUAUAACCACCAGCGGCGCCCUGCCCUCAACCUCAGCCGCGUCAACCAGCUUCCUCGUGAACCACGUAGCCUCAGACUACUUCCCCGACUCGAAAGGCGACCUCAGCGCCUUCGACGUGGACGUCCGCUUUGUGAACUACUCCCCGGAGACAGAGUCCUGGCUCACAAGCCUGGACCCGCACUCCGCCAGCACCGACGAAGAAAAAGCGCGCAUGCUCACGGAAGCCGCAUACGCGAAGAAAUACGACGAGAACGACGCCGACAUGGCGAGCGAUGUGGAGUCCCUGCUUGCGCACGUUGCUGGGAACGGCACUGCUGCCAAUAAGGGCCUUUCGAAGCGGUCGAGCUUUGCGACUAGUGCUGCACAUGCUGUGCUGUGGAGUGCGUGUGGGACUGUCUUCUCUUGUAUCUCUGGUACGACUUGUCAGUUUGAUCAGCAGAUUGGGAAGGCGCCGCGCAGUCAUUGCGAGCAGCAGGGUGGGUCGAAUUGCUGUAUCAGUUGGUCGACUUAUAGCGUUCGUGCUGGGUUCUUCUCGACUACUUGGACGGCUUGUAAUGAGGAGGUUAAGGCGGAGGGCAAGACUAGUGCUUCUUGUGAGGGAUAUGGAAGUGGGGACCAGGGUGGUGAUGUGUGCCUUAGCAAUCGUGCUUCUGGAUGUACCUAG